UGCUUCGGUGACACUGGCUAUCUUGAGCUAGGCUUGGGUGUGGUGUAUUGUUUGAGUAAUUGUUUUUAGGAUUGGUCUUUUUAGUUAACUUUCUUAUAUCUGAAAAAUGGCUAGAAGCCUCGUUUUUGUGGCUCUAGUCGGCGCUUUAUAUUUUACCCUCGCUAACGCACAACAUCAAUUCGAUGAGCACAAAACUAGCCGAAUGAUCUGGUGCACCAAGAGCCAGGCAGAGCAGUACAAAUGCCAAAAUCUCACUGUGGCUAUUGAACGCGAUCGAGCCUUGUUUGACGAGGUGUUCCUAAAUCUCACAUGCUUCAUGGCUUACAGUGCCGAUGAGUGCAUCCAUCACAUAGAUCGUGAGAAGGCCCACAUCACUUCGCUGGACGCUGGUGAUGUCUUCACGGCGGGAAGAUACAACUCCCUGAUCCCAAUCAUGCAGGAAAAACUGGAGGGUGGCUUUUCAGAAUAUCAAUCCGUUGCGGUUAUCAAGAAAGGAUCACUGCCGAAUUUUAAUAAUCUCCACGACAUGCGCAACAAGAAAGUCUGCUUCCCCUGGGUGGGAAGUCUGGCCGGUUGGAUUGUACCCGUUCACACGCUGCAAAGAGAAGGUGGUAUGGAAGUUGUGGACUGUAACAAUCAGGUGAAGACCGCUGCCAACUAUUUCAACAAUUCGUGUGCCUCCUACUCGCUAUCCGACAAAUACAAUCCCAUUGGCGAUAAUUCUGAUAAACUGUGUACACUUUGCACUGGCAAGAUCCCCGGAGGUCGUUGUUCAGCUUCAGAUCCGUACUUUGGGUACGAGGGAGCCUUCAAGUGUCUACUGGAGAAGGGAGAUGUUGCCUUCUUGCGUCAUUCGACUGUAAAUGAAAUGCUUCAGACCACUGAAUUCAAGAACUUAUCACCAGACACUUUUGAGCUGCUUUGUCGUGACGGACGUCGUGUUCCCAUCAGCGAUUACCGGCAGUGCAAUUGGGGUCAAGUUCCCGCGGACGCCAUUGUCACAUCUUCAGCUCGCAGCUUCAUCGAUCGAAAGCAAUAUCAGCAGUUCUUAAAACGGAUCGCGGAACUGUACUCUGAUGGAACCCAUGAUGACCAGCAGGGCAGGCAGGGACAAGGUUUCAGCAACCGCAACAAUUAUAACGAUCGAAACUCCUACAACCAAUACGAUAACAAUGAUCCAUACAGACAGGAUAAUCAAUACGAUCAGUAUCGCAGCGAGCGUUUGGACAGCAGUUUUUCCGCCGAAAGAAACCAGCAAGACGGCACCAACACUUCCAUUGUCUAUGAAAAGUUUCGCAUCUUCGAGUCCAAACGCUAUGGCAAGCCAAAUUUGCUCUUCCAGGAUUCCAGCCGGGCUCUUACUAUCAUCCCUGAAGAUGAUCAGUCCUUUAGCAAGUAUUUAGGACCUGCCAUUAAUUAUAUUUACGGAAUUCGUGAGUGUCCGGUACCGGCAAUGACUCUUUGCGUAACUUCAGAGAACGAACUCGAGAAGUGCAUCAAGAUGAGGACUGCACUAAAAGCGCACCUGUUGAAACCGGAACUCAUCUGCAAGAAAAUGCACUCUCACAUUAACUGUAUGCAGUUCAUCGAAGCGGGAAAAGCUGACAUUUCUGUUUUUGAUGCUGGAGAUGUUUACACUGGCGGAUUAAAUUAUGACCUAAUACCCUUCAUGUCGGAAGUAUACAAUCUGGGUGAGCCCGAGUAUUAUGUGGUGGCUGUGGCCAAGGAAGAGGAUCCUGAUACAGAGUUGACAUACCUAAAGGGCAAAAAUACCUGCCAUACGGGUAUUAAUACCGCCGCUGGAUGGACAUAUCCAAUGGCUAUGUUCAUUUCAAACGGCUGGAUUCGUCCAUACGGAUGUGAUUCAAUUCGGGCUGCUGCAGAGUAUUUCACCAAGUCGUGUGUGCCGGGUGCUAUAAGCAAUGAAUAUAACACAGGAGUGCCCUACGAUAGCAUGUGCGAUCUGUGCCAUGGAAGUAGCUACAGAUACUGUCGUCGUGAUGCCUCGGAGGAUUACUAUGGACAUACGGGUGCUUUCAGGUGCCUCGUAGAGGGUGGCGGCCAUGUGGCCUUCAUGAAGCACACCACGGUGAUGGAGAGUACAGGCGGAAAGCGAAAGGAAUGGUGGGCGAGAAAUGCCUUAAAUGACGAUUUCGAACUUCUGUGCACAGAUGGUACUCGUGCCGAGAUUCAAGAGUACAAACGCUGCAAUCUGGGCAAGGUUAAAGCCAAUGCAGUAGUGACUCGAGGUGGAGUCAAUUACAACGAGACCCAAAUGAAUGCUUAUAUCAACCUGCUUACCUAUGCCCAACAACUUUAUGGUCGCAAGGAAGUGGAUGCCUUUAGCUUCAGCAUGUUCUCGUCGCCGAUCGGACACUACGAUCUGAUCUUCCAGGAUGCCACGCGGCAGUUGCAAAUCAUUCCCCCAAAUAAGCGACGCUACGAUGCCUAUUUGGGUAGCGAUUUUAUGCGGGCUCGCCGCAUCACCGAUUGUUAUGCCGGUGCCUCACAGUUGGCAUUAUCAAUGAGUCUGCUCCUUGUGGGAUCCUUAGUUGCAAUGCUCUAAAUCAAGAGACUCAGUAAGAUUUCAAAAUUGUACAAUUAUCUCUAGCACAAAGAGAAACAUAUCAACGUUUUACAUUCCAAAUACGUUUAAGUUUAAAAGUGAGAUCCAUUCCGUCCGAAUAUAUCAAAUCAGAGUCCCCUUAGCUGAUAAUUAUCCGAAGAGAAGUUCUAUACUUUUAUUUAUAUAGUACAUGUGCCUUAAUAUAGUUCUUGUUUGUGUACAUACCAACUAAGUCCGUCCAAAAAAGUGUACCUAGGAGAUAUAAGCCGAAUCUUUUACAACAGCUUUUUUAAGUAUACAAAUAAAAUAACGAAAUUAAUAA